GAGGACUCGUUUCUAAUCUCAAUCUUUAUGCUUUGACGAGAUCUCUCUAUACAAACACCCUCUUCUAGCCAGGAAUCUGCCGAUAUACGGCCCUCGUUACCAUGGGCCUACCAGAUGAUUCCCACAAACAAGGCGUGCAGCAUGUCGAGCAGAACAAUGCAGUCAGCGAUGCCAUCAAAGCCGUAGAGAAUCGUGACCUAGAGCGGAUCGAGGAAACCAAACCAGGUACCUUUGUCUGGCUCUGCGUUGCGGCAACUGCGAUUGGCGGCAUGCUCUUCGGCUACGACACUGGUGUUAUAUCCGGUGUGCUUGUUGUCAUCGGCAAAGACCUCGAUAGUAAAGAGCUCACUCACUCAGAAAAGGAGUUGAUCACGGCAGUCACCGCAGCCGGGGCCUUGAUUGGUGCUGUCAUUGCUGGCAUAACUGCUGACAAGUACGGAAGAAAACCUGCUAUUUGGUUCGCCUCUGUCCUCUUUACUAUUGGGGCUCUGCUUCAGGCCACCUCUUUCACGAUUGCGCAAAUGACGGUUGGUCGACUUGUGAUAGGAUUUGGUGUCGGAUCUGCAUCUAUGAUCGUACCAUUAUACAUCGCGGAAAUUUCACCUGCUAGGUUCCGAGGCCGAAUGAUCUCAAUCGACAUGAUCUUCCUCGGUGCCGGAUCCGUGCUUGCGUACGCCUUUGCCGCAGCCUUCAACGCAACAGCGCAUGGCUGGAGAUACAUGGUUGGGCUUGGUGGUGUUCCGUCGGUGAUACUUGGUAUCCUCCUAUUCUGGUGCCCAGAGUCGCCCCGUCAACUUAUGUUCCACGGCCACCGGGAUGACUGUAUCCGUGUUCUGAAGCAAAUCUACCCCAACGGCAGCGAAGAUGAAGUUGCGGACAAGGUCAUCUCUAUUGAGCGCGGCGUCAACCAGGCCAAGGUCCUCAACGAAGAAAUCUCCCUUCGAAAGUCCGUCACCAGCCUAUUCAAGGUUCCAGCCAAUCUACGGGCGGUCACUUCGGCUUGUGGCCUCAUGGCUGCUCAGCAGUUAUGUGGCUUUAAUUGUUUGAUGUACUACAGCGCGAGUCUGUUCCAGAUCGUCGGCUUCUCGAACCCCAUUGCUGUCGGUACCGUUGUGGCUGGCACCAACUUCAUAUUCACAGUCUUAUCAAUCUUCCUUAUUGACAGAAUCGGUCGGCGAAGAAUCCUACUCUGGACGAUGUGGGGCAUGCCUGUCUGCCUCGCAAUCGCCGCCAUUGCGUUCCACUGGAUCCCCCUGGACAACAACACUUUGGAGCUGACCACAAGAGAGGUGGGCUGGUCCGCAAACCUGGUUCUUGUUGCGAUGAUCAUGUUCGUGGCGUUCUAUGCUGCCGGCCUAGGCUGUGUCCCAUGGCAAGCGAACGAAUUUCUCCCAAUGGAAGUCCGAGCUAUGGGUACUAUGAUGAUUAACAUCUUCAACUGGGGUCCCAACAUUAUCGUCUCUUCGACAUUCUUGUCAAUGAUGCGGGGUAUGACUCCUUCAGGCACCUUUGGUCUUUACGCUGGGUUGUCGUUCUUUGGCUGGGUAUUUGUGAUCUUUUGCUUCCCGGAAGCGGCAAAUAUGACAUUGGAGGAGAUCAGAGUGGUUUUCGAGCACGGCUUUGGCGUAAGAUAUGCCGAGGAGUGGCGAAAGCAAAGAAAGCUCGACGUUCAAGCCCGGAAACAAGAGAACACUGUGUGAAAGACGGCCUGCGAC